ACCUGAACACUUUCACGGCGCAGCGCUGUGCACCAGUGGCGAAGUCGCUCACUUUUAUUAGGCAAACUGAUUGACGUCUUUCUUUUGAUCGGAGCCUCUAGCUGCCACUCACGACCCGCCUCCACCCCGCUAACAACCCUAGGUGGUGACGUCACUUCUUCUAUAAGUUAAAAACUUCAGUCGGUUUUUCGCACAGUUCAGGAACUCGAGAAGUAGAACCAGAAAGCGAAAGAACAAGAACAACACAAAAACCCCGAGCAGCAGCAUUCCUGUGGGAAAGAGAAAGAGAGAACGAUGGCUGAGAACGGGAAUGAGACCGGAGCACCGCCAGCACCUCAGCAGAGCAGCGAGGAGCAGCAGAGCGUGGUGGAUCGAGUGGUGAAUCUGCCCCUGCUCAGCUCUGCCUAUGGCAUGAUGUCCGCGGCGUAUUCCAACACCAAGGAGAGCCACCCGUACCUGCGCUCGAUGUGCAGCGCGGCCGAGAUGGGCGUGAAGACCCUGGGGGCCGCUGCCGCUACCGGCUCCAAACCCUUCCUGGACAAGCUUGAACCCCAGAUUGCCACAGCUAAUGAAUACGCCUGCAUGGGGCUGAAUAAACUGGAGGAGAAGCUUCCGAUCCUGCAGCAGCCCACCGAGAAGGUGGUGGCUGACACAAGGGAGCUGGUCAGUGGAGCGAGGGACUCUGUCACUCACACUGUGUUUGGAGCGAGGGACUCUGUGACCAGCAGUGUGGCUGGCAUGGUGGACAUGGCAAAGGGCGUGGUCUGGGGCGGGGUCGAGAUGACCAAGGCGGCGGUCAGCGGAGGGGUCAAUACUGUCAUGGGGUCAAGGGUUGGUCAGAUGGUGUCGAGCGGCAUGGAGCUGGCGCUCAGCAAAUCGGAGGAGUGGGCAGAACACUACCUUCCCAUGACUCAGGAGGAGCUGGCUCAGACGACUGGCUCUGAGCUCGCCCCCUCUGCAGGCCCCGGGUCUCGGCAAAGCUACUUCGUGCGGCUGGGCUCCCUAUCGAGCAGGGUUCAGAGCCGGGCUCUGCAGCACUCCCUGGGGAAGGUCCAGCGGGCCCGGCAGAGCACUGUGGAGGCGCUGGGGGAGCUGCACGCCACCAUCGACCUCAUAGAGUCCGCCAAGCAGAGGCUGGGAGAGGCGCCGGAGAAACUGCACCGGAAAUGGGUGGAGUGGAGGGAGAAGCAGCCGGGAGACCAAGAGGAGACUACACCCCGACCGGAGCAGCUGGAGCCCCGCACGCUGGCGAUGCUGCGCUCUCUGACCCUGCAGCUGCGCAGUGCCUGCGGGGGGGUGGUGUCGAGCGUGCAGGGGCUGCCGCAGCACGUGCAGGAGCAGCUGGCCGAGGCGCGCAGAGCCGCGGAGCAGAUCCAGUCCUCGCUUGGGACAGCCGGCUCCUUCGGGGAGCUCUCUGCCCCCCUGCUGGCCCAGAGCAGGCAGCAGCUGGCCCAGGUGAGGCAAUCCUUCGACGUGGUCGUAGAGUACCUGCUCAACAACACCCCCCUCAACUGGCUGGUGGGGCCCUUCGCACCUCAGCUUGUGGAGAAGAGUGAAGGGGAGACCCCCGUGAGAGAGGAGAAGGGCUCCCUGCAACCGUGACAGCGCUGGGGAUUCCCAGCAUUCUAGAAGAUUAACAUCACCUGAAAACGAGUAACACAGAAUCUGCACAACACUGCCUGUGUGUGCCUUAUAUAACACUGUCUCUACUGGACAGGCUGCCUGCGUGUGUGCCUUUUAUAGAAUAAAUUAAUCCAUACCUGAUGUAGUGUUAUGAUUACAUUAUACAACAGAGAAACAAACCCUUUCACGAGAGACAACAGAUGCACCGGUCAGUUAGUCUGUGUCUUUGUCCUGUUUGUGAUUCUCCAAGUCUAGUGAGUUCAGGCACUGUUCUGUUUGAAAUGUAUUUUUGCAGGAAGAGUUAAUGAAUGUUGAAUCUCGCUCUGACUGUACCCUGAACCUGCUCUAAUAUUUACAAACUGCAGUCUUGAUGGUGGGUCCUAAUUUAAUAAAGCACUUUGCUGUUGUUUUGCUGCACUUGUGGAAAUCUGAUCCUUUCAAUUAUGCAGACGCUACUUUCCCACGGGACUGACUGAUUUAAAAUGAUUUUUUCUAAAGACUCCUCAAACUGUUGAAUCUGCUUCGCUUUCAUGGAGUAUUUGAGUUCUGUGAAUCGCUGUCCUGCCCAGGGGCUCCCAGAGGGGGCAGGGACACUUGUAAUGGUGGGGGAGUGUGGAAUAAAUUCAUUACUGUGCCAAUGGAUCUGAAACAAUAGCAGAGGGGGACGGAAAUGUGUGGAACACAGACGCUCCCGCACAGUGUGAGCAGAACCCGUUUCUGAAUCCUGUUUUUCACACACAUGCUGCCCUGUGGUCUGUAUUCCACUCAGCCUGGGUCAGCGCUGUUGGGGUUGGGUUUCCACAUGCACAGCAAACCGGUCCAGAGCAGAUCACUUUGCACUGAAGCAGGUUCUGGAUCGCCAGGUCCGGUAAACGUGGCAAGGGAAACAAACCCAAGGGCACUGGACUAGGGCCCAGCGCUCCAAAUGGAAACUAGGAGAGUCCUGACUCGACAUGCCUUCAGACACGUAGCUGCGCUCUGGGUGGAAGCGGGCACUUUGCAAGAAGGAAAAGCAGAGCUGUGUUUCUUACUCAAACUGUUCUGUGAUGAAAGCUUUUUAAAGAAAUAAUCGCUGCUUUACUGCUUUAAAUAAAAUAUAUUUUAAAAUUCUGAA